CACGAUCUGAGCAACGUGGACCGUUACCCCCACCGACCUAUAUGCCGAUGGUAUAUAUGGACAGGAUAUCUUCUAACAACGACUAGUGAGCUUGUGAAUUUUCCGUCAUCCGCAUUCAUCUCAUCUGCAUUUCCUCAACAAAUUACAUCAAAAUCUCCACCUGUGGGACUAAUUACCAGCAAUUACUGUUAAUCAGGCUCUUAGAAUUUUGUUUCGUGCAUGUGAUUAGCACGAAGGGAUUGAUAUCUCAAUCAGUUUCACGCGAUGGAUUCGCCAGUGACAGCUGUGGAUUAGAGCAUCAUGACACUGUCAUAAUCUUCAUUUUGAAAUCAUUGAACUUGACAGUUGGCAUCGUUUUAUUGAAAUAUGGAACGCCAAAGGAGGAAGAAUACUCGUGAUGUUAGAAGUGAUGAUGUGACGCAGAAUAUUUUGAAGAUCGUGAUUUUUUUCAUUCUGUGGACAAGACCAACGAAUGGAAAAUUCACGAAUGACACAACGCCGAGGGACUUCGUCGACCGUUGCAGGCGCGAUUGUGUCAUCAAGCGAGAUUUUGUGGUUUGCGGCAAAUACCGAGUGGUCAGGUGGCUUCACGAAGUCGUUCGUGAAAAGGAGUUUAGUUACGGACCGUUCAAGGUGAUAAGGAUACCGGCGGUCACGAGAGAUUCUGUGCUGCCGGAUCUGCCCAGACCCAGGGAUUUGAAAUUUGGGAUUGGGGAGACCCUAAGCUUUGUGAAGAACGUGGGGGAAGAUCUCAUCACGAGGAGGGCCAUUCUUUACACUUAUCAACCACCACCGGAGAACUCCAGGACUUUUGCGGAUGGACUCCUUAUUGUGGAUGAGGACGAGGUCCCUAGUCUCCAAAGAGGCCAAUCAGAGAGCUUCAGACUCUUCAAGAAGAAGAAGGCGAUAAUUCUUCCAAUUUUAAUUCUCCUGAAUCUGAUGAAAUUGAAGCUGAUGCUGAUUCCAAUAAUCUUCGGUGUUCACAUGAUAAAGAAAUUGAUAGUCAUUGGGGGACUCUUCGUUCCGGGAUUUUUGUCCAGAUUGAAGAUCUGCAAAAUCGCUCCUCCACCGUCUUAUCAAGCUUGGGCGAAUGCUGUGGCCGAACCACCAGUGGACUAUCCAACAGAUUGGAUUUUCAAGGUUUCGGACAUGAUGAGCCUGGUUGGUCUCACAGGAAUGACCUGACACCUGGAUAUGGCUAUCAUGGCUAUCCAGCAGCACCAAUUUACGGUCCUGCCUACUACAGACAACGGUGAUAAAGAUGAGGCAUAAGUCUGAUUUAGUUAUCAAUCUUCAUCGAUUAUAUGCAGAGGAGUUUUUCACGUGAAUCAUACACGGAAUGAAGCAGAAAAUUGAUGGAAAUAAUACGAUUAUGAUUUAUUUUUUGUGAGGAGGCGAUGCAAUUCGACAGGAAAAUGUAGGAGAGAAACUGAGGAACAUUGUUGAAGAAAAAAUGUUGCAGUCUUGAAGGAAUAAUUACUUAGGAUAUCAGCCCAUUUUCGGUGAUUUCAGCAUUUUCUUCUCUGGAGCUUGAUGCGAAAUAUCUUGAUGACAGAUUUUUUUAUCGUGAAUGGAAUAAGGUUUCAAUCGUUGAAUUGGUUGAAAUCUGUUUCUAUUCUAAUUCAACUAGGACCCAAAAAAUAUUAUCGUGUGGUGAGAUUAGAAGGUCAUAAAAUAGGAUGUGAAUGGGGACUUUUGAUGUAUCAAAAUAUUAGACUCUUGAGUCACUUUCACAGCGUCAGGUUGAACCUUUGGAAUGUCUCGAGUCAAUACUUUCAGAAGUCGACUCACAAUUUUUGGGUACAUCUGGACUGCGGUCUUUGAUCAUUUUUUGCCAAAUAUCUUCUAAUCCAGAGAACUUUUUUAAAAAUCUUAAUCAGCUUAAAAGAGUUAUGGCAGAAACGAGAUAUUCAUUAAAAACUGAUCAACAGCCGAAACCGAUUCAAAUAGUUUUACCCUUUCGCGACUGAGUUACAGACCUUCAAAAGUCUCGGUGAAUUUCUUUUUUGGGUCCCAUAGAUUCAAUAUCUGAAGGAUGCGCACAAAGCUUUUGCGUCAGAACAGAAUCUCUUUCUUUCUAUCCCCCCAAUAGUCCAAAUUCCAUCCUGACCUCAAAUGAUCCCACGCUAGGUUCGAUCGACUUGAAGAAUUCCAACAAAUCCAUUUAUUUAUGAACCUCAUCGAUGCACCGAUACCUUCAGAAUACUCAACAAAUACAACCAAACAAGACCCAAUUUCAAAUUGUUGAAUCACCCACUGUACCGAUUAUUGAAUGAAAAUCCGAAAACUAAAACGAAAGUCAUAGUUAACAUACCAGAAUACCAUAUAUGGCGACGUCAUUUGACCUAGCUGGCAUCUCACAUCGACAUCCGCCUGAACAAGGCCCCAUCGAAUUCCAGCCCCUCCGCUCCACAGGUUGUUUUCUCUCAGUGGCCACCUCCAAAUCAUUGAACCCUUGACGAGAAAAGGGUUCAACCAAGGACAACGAUCGACCCAAUUUUCCUGGACGAUGUCGUCCCCAAGGUCGUUUGCAUGGCGAGGACAGGUGAGAGUCCAAUGGCCCCGUGCGACUGACCCACUGACAGAUUUGGACGUGCGCCACACAAUUUCGCCCGCACCUCCCCCCUUUACCCCCGCCAUUCACAUGUGACAAACAAAGAAAAAUAAGUGGAAAAUUGUUCCCGUGCCGCACAUAGUAUAUUUUUUCUUGCGAAUCAUUCAGAAAUGUUUUCCAUUCGGUCUUUUGCAGAGCUCCUAAGAUCCGGAUAAUUCAUUGUUUAUUUUAUUUUAUUUUAUUAAACUGAAUGAGAUUUGUUCUUAAAUAAUGUCGUUUUCAUUUUCAUUGAAUGUUGUAGCUGAUAUCAUUGUUAAUUAGGUAAUAUUUUGAUUAAAUUGAUUGAAGAAAAAUACAGAAUAACCUUUUUUUUUAAUAGAUCGAUCGUUCAUUAUUCUCUUCUGCUAUAAAAGUAAUUCUCUUUUUUACUGUACCAUUAUGACUGAGAACUGAAUGUCUAAAUUUCGGAGGAAGUAGUUUCGAAUCGCUUUUAGCUUAUGAUUGACAUCCACAUGAAUUUUAAAUUUAUUCAGGCGUUUUUUAGGGUCUGAACAAUGUUUAGCCAAAACAAAAAUAUAAAUUUUAGACGUCUGUUUUUCUGUUUCUACUUAGCUCUUCGAAAAAAUGUUAAUAAAAAAUGUGCAAACGUCUGCAUAUAUGCGAACGUCAUUUAAAUAUUACAUUUGAUGAAAUAAUUGAAAAAUUUUGCAGGAAAUUAAGGAACAAUUCGAAAUUGUCAACAAUAAAAAUAAAAAUCAAUCAAUACCCCUAUUACAAUCGCCUCUUAACAACGAUCACAAAAAUAGGGAUUAUAAGCUACGAUUGAAUAAAUAAAUUCUUAUAAAUGUUUUAAUAAAUUAACGUUACGACU